GACAUCUCUCCUAUUCUUCGAGUAAGGGUAGCAGCAAGAGUUUCUGCGGACAAUCCUCCCCCUAGGGUCGCCCAACGCUUAGGCACCUUGUUUUCCCCUACCCCUUUCCCUUGGCAGCCGAAACCGAAGUUGUGCAUUACAUAUGGGCGAUUGCUCGCGGCUUCCAACUUAUGCGCAGUCCGGCUCCCCCCGUCCUGGGAACAUACUCACCGAAUGCAUGGCCAUGUUUCAUCCGCCCCCAUGCAGCGUGGAUGGGCAGCCAGCUAACAAUGCUUCUUCUUGCUUAAAGGAUCACAAGAUGGCUCACAUUAUCUCGGAUCAGGUGGAAUAGUUCUCUAUGGAAGAGGUCCAAUCGACGAAAUACCGGGCUGCCCAUUCUCUCCUGGGACGGAUCUUUACUGAGAAUAGGGUAUCAACAACGGAACUGAGAGAAUCGGUGAUUACACCUUGGCUAAUCCAGGGACGAAUCAGGGUGGUUAUGAAAAAAUAUGGCCUGAUCGAGUUUGUGCUUCCUAGUGAAGACUGAAGAGGCUAAAAUCUGGCUGCUCCAACGCACUCCGUGGGUGAUCAAUGAUAAGAUCCUCCAUCUAUGCCCAUGGCCUCCUGUCAUUACGAAGACUUUUUUUGAUGACCUCGCGAUUGCCCCAUUCCGGAUUCAAUUGUUGGAUGUGAAAGAAGAUUGUUGCACACAACAAUUUGGGCGGAAAGUGGUGAAUACCACUACUGGCAAAGUGCUAGAAGCAUGCGUCUUUGCAUGUCAAGAUACGGGUCGCUGGUUUGUGAAAGUCAAGGCGCUGAUCGAUUUCAAUAAGCCACUUUGAUCACAGAUUAUGGAUGCUAAUGAUGACACCGGGUGCUUCUAGGUUAGUCUGAAGUACGAAUUCCUCCCCAAUUUCUCCAACCACUGUGGGAGGGUGGGACAUUCGCUAUGAGCAUGCACCUUUUAGCCACCAACUCGCAAGGAAAAACUUUGUCCACAUAUGUCGACCAAAAAACUCGGUACUAGGAUUUAUGAUACGAAAGAAUACAAUCAAUCCUUCCCCAGAGGUGUAAAAUCUGUCUGGGUCAACAAGGAUUAUCGUGAGUCUAAGACUAGAAGAAAUAGUGCUAUCUAGGUCAGCCUUUAUCCCGUAAUCACAGUACGUUGACUGCCGAUUCUCUGGGUAAUGGGGCGAUACCUCGCCGGCUGAGCCCACGAGGGUUCAAAGUCACGAGGUCGCCUAAACUCAAGCUAGGACGUUCGCACACAGCUCCUGCUACCCCUGUGCGCGACUAUAUCGACGACUCUCACUGAGGGCGAUUCCCUUGGCGGCGAAAUGAGAGGGACGAGUUGGAAGAGAUGGUUCAGUAGGAUCACCUUGAGCAUCACCAGAAGGAGAUGAAUUUCGAGGAAGGCUUCCUGGUAUCGACCGCUGAUUGUACAGAUACCCUCAUGGGAACUGAUCACACAGUGGUAAAAAUUCCACCUGUCGAGGCUCGGCGAUGGAAGCUAGUUUUGGAUGACUCGGGUGAUGAACUCACCUCGCCAAUGAUCCCCAUGCAGCCCAUGCCGGGACGACCUUCUGGUCACGAGGAGAAGAAGAAAGGAAAGAGUUUGGUGAUGCUGGGCAAUGACAACUUGGUGGCGGAUAAGAAAAAGAAGCGCCCGACAUCUAUUUUUUACAACAAGACACAGCUGGAGGCUUCAUCUUCUCACCCUUGAUUUGUUGCUGACAAUGUCCCAAAGAACCAGGGCCACAACCGCGCUACCUAGGGUACGGUGAACUGCAAAAGGAAGGGAGAAAAAGCUUCUGAGGUUGAGCACCCACCCGACUCACCUUCCCCAGCAAAGGUGGAAGAACAGAACGAGAGGCAUAUGUGGCCUCUCUUUCGGAGGAAGAGGAGCUUCGAUUUGUGAUCAAAAGUAGAUCUCAUACCGCUGAUCCUGUUCGAAAAAAUAUUUCAGGCCAAGUGCGGCAGGUGGUUGCUGCGUUUGAGGCAUGCAUGAUGUUUAAUGAAGAUAAGGAGUCACUGGAGAAAACUGAGGGUGAAAUGGUGAUGGAGUUAAAUGAGUAUGACUCUAAUUUUGAGGGCACGGUUAAUGGGAACCGUAAACGCUCGCUGCAGGAGAUGGAUGGAGAAUUUGAAGAAAAUCACACUCCUAAGAAGUAAUUUGUGGAAAACCCGAGUGAGACUGAAAAGGUGGAGGAAGCCAGCCUCGAGUGGCGCGAACUAGAUAAAUGAGGCUACUGGCCUGGAAUGUGAGAGGAAUUGGACCAUCCCUCACAUUCGAAACUACGUUUGGUUUAGUUUGUUCAAACAAACCGGAACUUGUGUUCUUUUCUGAAACAAGAUCGUGCCGGAGAGUAGUUUCCCGUAGAAUGCGGGGUUUAGGGUUUGUUUCUUCUCAGUUUUUUUUGUUGAUGCUAUCAAUGAAUCUGGUGGUCUUGUUAUAGGUGGGUCCCCCGAAGUUAUGCUUUGAUGUUUUUUCAUUCUAGUUUCCGCAUUUGUACCAUGAUUAAUGAAAUGGGUUUUUUGUAUGUCGUGAUUGGUGUUUAUUUUAGCUGUAACGUCUCUUUACGUGCUAAUCAAUUAACACAAUUGGGAGCAAUAUGUGAGAAUCUCCAUUUUGCCCUAGGUGGUCAUUUGGGGAUUUCAAUGUUAUCCUCAAAACAAAAGUGAACAAAUGGAGGUAUCCCGUGGAAUGCCUCCCAAUCGAUAGAUCUCAAGAAUUGUGUUCAAAAUCUGGGGUUGCAUGAUCCGGGGUUCCAGGGUGAUCAUUUCACCUGGACAACAAACGUAUGGGGAUGGCUUGUAUUCGUAAAAGGCUUGAUAGGGUUAUGUGUUCACAGUCUUGGAUUGAUCACUUUCAGUAAAACCCUGGUCAAGCACUUCUCAGAUAAGGAGUCUAAUCACCGGGCCCUACUUUUUUCAGAUAAGCACUAUGUCCAGAAUUGUCGCCCACUCUUUCGUUUUGACGCCCGCUGGGUGGAUCAUACGGAAAUUAAGGCAAUGGUGACAUAUGUCUGGUAGGAGACAAUCCAAGGUACCCAGAUGUUUCAGCUUUGGGAGAGGCUUAACCGACUUCGACAUCUUCUAUUAGAUUGGAGCAGAGCAGGCACGACCAAUUCCCUGCGUAAUAUCCACACCUUGCAAGCUGAAAUAGAUCGUAUUAAGCUAAUUCAUCCGAUCAAUUGGGAUGAGGUGAAAAGUCUGGAAGCUUAAUUGGGUCGACAAUGGUAAGUGGAUGAAAUCUAUUGGCAGCAAAAAUCUCGUGUUCGGUGGCUGAAAAAGGGUGACAAAAUAUUUCUUAUUUCCAUAAGUUUACGAGGGCCCAUAGAAAACAUAACUUUGUUUCGGGUCUUAGGAACGAUGAUGGGGAAUGGAUUAUGAAGGAGCAUGGGAAGGCCAAUAUUGCCACUAAUUUUUAUCAGCAUCUGUGACUCACUUCUACUGUCACUCCAGGAAUUGGCCAAGUGAAACCACUUCCUAAAGCGUAGUAUAGCGGGUUUGGGUUUAAAUGUCAACCCGAGUCCUAGAUUUGAUGACUACUCGGUGAAUUCUUGUUAUCUAGCAAUGAAACUUUAAUGAAAGU